ACUGACUGUUAAAUGUUUUAACCUCACAAAAUGUACAAUCACAAAAUCUCUUUCCUUAGCUAACUCUUCUCGUUAGUGUUAUUUUGCUCUAUUAAUUUAUUUACUUGUACUUGAAAGAGGACUUCACCGCCGUCAAAAUGGCCAAACGUACAAAGAAGGUAGGAAUUGUAGGUAAAUAUGGUACCCGAUAUGGUGCCUCGCUGCGUAAGAUGGUCAAGAAAAUUGAAAUCACCCAGCACAGCAAAUAUACCUGUUCAUUCUGCGGAAAGGAAUCUAUGAAGAGAGCUUGUGUAGGAAUUUGGUCAUGCAAACGGUGUAGAAGAACUGUAGCAGGUGGAGCUUACGUAUAUUCUACAACAGCUGCAACUACUGUAAGAUCCGCAAUCAGACGUUUGAGGGAAGUGAAUGACUUGUAAUUUCCAGCAUUUGAUUAUUAUCUAAUAUAAGGACAUUAAAAAAAAAAAUGCAUUUG